AUGAACGGCACAAACGGCACAAAUGGGCACCAUGCCGUCCCGCAAACACUCAAAAGAGCCGAGGAAGUAGAAGAUCUGCUUGAUGCCGUCAAAGGUCUGAUCGUCCCGUACAUCAGAGCAGCCGAUGAAGCAGCCGGCCAAAAGCCCAGCGGCUACACAUCGGUCGACAUUGAAGGCGUCCCGAGCAACGUCUUGGUCGACACGCAAAAGCCCGAGGCCUUGGUUGAAAAGCUGAAGCUCUCUCUUCCCGAGGGCGACGGGCUCGGUAAAGAGGGGCUGCUCGAUGUCGUGCAAAAGAUUAUGAGGUACAGCGUCAACACCUGGGACCAGGGCUUCAUGGAUAAGUUGUAUGCAAGCAAUACUCCGGUUGGCGUUGUCUCCGAUCUCGUUCUAUCCGUCCUAAACACCAAUCUCCACGUCUACCAAGUCUCCCCCGCCCUGAGCAUAAUCGAAAAGAUCACGGCCCGCAAGUUCGCAAACCUCUUCGGCUUCAACGGUCCCCGCGCCGGCGGCGUCACCUGCCAGGGCGGCAGCUCCUCCAACCUGACCUCCCUCGUCGUGGCGCGGAGCGCCCUCUACCCCGAGACAAAGGCCUCCGGCAACGGCGCGCACGACUUUGUUGUCUUCACUAGUGCCCACGGCCAUUACUCUGUCGAAAAGAGCGCCCUCGCCUGCGGCCUCGGCGCCUCAAGCGUGUGGGCCGUGCCGAUCGACGCCGCGGGACGCAUGAUCCCCGAAGCCCUCCGGGAGCUCGUCGUCCGCGCCAAGGCAGAGGGCAAGACGCCUCUUUACGUUAACUCGACGGCCGGGACGACGGUCAUGGGCUCCUACGACCCGUUUGAGGAGAUUUCGAGCAUUUGUAAAGAGUUUGGUUUGUGGUUCCACAUUGACGCCAGCUGGGGCGGUUCCGCCAUCUUCUCAGAGAAGCAAAAGGCGAAGCUUAAAGGCUCCCAUCUGGCAGACUCGUUGACGGUUAACCCGCAUAAGAUGAUGAACGUGCCGGUGACGUGCUCGUUUCUGCUCACGCCGGAUGAGAAGGUAUUCCACAAGGCAAACACCCUGCCUGCAGGAUACUUAUUCCACAACGUGGACGAGACCGAGGACGUGUGGGACCUGGCGGACCUUACGCUGCAGUGCGGUCGUAGGGGCGACAGUCUGAAGCUGGCGUUGGCGUGGAUCUACUACGGUGCCGGCGGAUUCGAGAAGCAGCUUGACCAUGCGUUUUCCCUGGCGGAGUACCUCGCGACAUUGGUCGAGAAGAGUGAGAACUUUGUACUGGUUUCGUCGAACCCGCCGCCUUGCUUGCAGGUCUGCUUCUACUACGCGCCAAAUGGCCAGCUUGCAGAGAAGCCCGAGGAGAAUACGAGACGGACUAGCCAGAUGGUCCACAAGCUGAUACAGCGGGGGUUCAUGAUUGACUAUGCUCCUGGAGAACAAGGUAGCUUCUUCCGGGUUGUUGUCAACUGUCAGACCCUCGAGGGAACCGUCAAAGGCUUGGUCAAGGCACUUGAAGAAGUUGGCAAGGAGGUUGUUGUGUAA